AUGUUGGGGGCUCAGGGCCGGAGCAAUGGCUGCGAUCCUGCGAGUGAGAUCUCGAGCCAGGUCUGUACCGCCCGGCAGAUGCUGGAAGUGUGGCCUGGGCUUUACCUAGGUGGAGCCGCGUCCGUCGCGGAGCCGGAUCAGCUGAGGGAAGCGGGCAUCACCGCCAUACUGACGGUGGACGUGGAGGAACCCGGCUUCAAGACAGGGGCUGGGGUCGAGGGUCUACGGCGCCUCUUCGUGCCAGCGCUGGACAAACCCGAGACCGACCUGCUCAGUCACUUAGACCGGUGCGUGGCCUUCAUUGGCCAGGCCCGUGAGGAGGGCCGCGCAGUGUUGGUGCACUGUCAUUCAGGAGUUAGUCGAAGUGUUGCUGUAGUGACUGCUUUUAUAAUGAAGACUGACCAACUUGCCUUUGAAAAAGCCUAUGAAAACCUCCAGACUGUCAAACCAGAGGCUAAGAUGAAUGAAGGGUUUGAGUGGCAACUAAAAUUAUACCAAGCAAUGGGAUAUGAAGUGGAUACUUCUAGUGCAAUUUAUAAGCAAUAUCGUUUACAAAAGGUUACAGAGAAGUAUCCAGAAUUGCAGAAUUUACCUCAGGAACUCUUCGCUGUUGACCCAACCACCAUUUCACAAGGAUUGAAAGAUGAGGUUCUCUACAAAUGUAGAAAGUGCAGGCGGUCCUUAUUUCGAAAUUCUAGCAUUUUGGAUCACAAUGAAGGAAGUGGUCCAAUAGCCUUUGCUCACAAGAGAAUGACACCAUCUUCCAUGCUUACAACAGGGACUCAAGCUCAUUGUACAUCUUAUUUCAUUGAACCUGUACAGUGGAUGGAAUCCACUUUGUUGGGAGUGAUGGAUGGGCAGCUUCUUUGCCCAAAAUGCAGUGCCAAGUUGGGUUCCUUCAACUGGUAUGGUGAACAGUGUUCUUGUGGUAGAUGGAUAACACCUGCUUUUCAAAUACAUAAGAAUAGAGUGGAUGAAAUGAAAAUGCUGCCUGUUUUGGGAUCACAAACAAGAAAAAUAUAA